AUGUCUCAAAAAAAGAAAUAUGCUCGUGGCUAUUUGCCAGAGUAUCUGAAGAUGGGUUUCAUAGAAUCUGUUGUAAAUAAACAACAUCCAACGUGUUUAUUGUGUCAUAGAACAUUAUCCAAUAAGGCAAUGAAGCCAAGUCGAUUGCGAGAACAUCUUUCUACAAAUCAUCCAAAUGAUAAGGACAAGCCCAUUGAAUAUUUUCAGGAAAUAUAUAAAAAAUUUCAAAAUCGUUCAACAAUCAUUGCAUCAUUUAAGAAACAACAUGCUGUGAAUGAAGAUCGAUUAAUUGCUGCUUAUCGCAUUUCACGACUAAUUGCAAAAAGUGGUAAAAGCUAUAAUAUUGGAGAAACUGUAAUAAUACCCUCUAUAAAAGAAUUUAUCUCAACAGUAAUGCAUCAGGAUAUACCUGAAAUUUUAAAAAUGUUGCCCCUAAGCAAUAGCACAGUAAAGCGACGAAUUGAAGAAAUGGCAGUUAAUGUUGAAAAAAAACUUAUAAGUAUUCUCCAAAACUCUUCAUUUUCCAUGCAAUUGGACAAGUCUACCAUUGCAGAUAAUAAUGCUUUAUUGAUGGCAUAUGUACGUUAUUUUGAUGAAAACAAUACAUUACGAGAAGAAAGGCUAUUCGCAAUAAAUCUCAUUACAGAUACAAGAGGAUUAUCUAUAUUUAAUACUGUGAAAUCAUACUUCACAAAAAAUAAUAUUCCUUUGAAUAAUAUUGUUGCAUGCGCUACUGAUGGAGCACCAUUGAUGAUAGGUCGCUAUUGUGGAUUUGUUGCUUAUUUGAAGGAAGAAGUGCCAAAUGUUUUAUGUAUUCAUUGUGUGGUGCACAGACAACAUCUUGUAGGAAAACAUCUAAGUACAAGUCUCCAUUCAUCAUUAACUAUAAUAAUUCGAGCCAUAAACAAGAUCAAAUCCAAUGCAAAAAAUGAUAGAAUGUUUCGACAGCUUUGCCAGGACAAUAAUGAAGAUUUUAUUACGUUACUUUUGCACACAGAAGUUCAGUGGCUGUCAAAGGGUACAUCUUUGGCUCGUUUUGUAGCAUUAUAUGAUAGUGUCAUACAAUUUUUUGAAAGUCAUAAUGAGACUAAUCUGUGUCAACAGUUAAAAACAGUAAAGAAUGAUGCCUUUUAUUUGGCAGAUAUUUUCAAGAGAUUUAAUGAUGUCAAUUUGGAGCUUCAAGGAGCUAAUAAAACUCUUAUAGGUUGCCAAAGUAUUGUGUCAUUAUUUAUUGACGAACUACUUCGUUAUAAUCUAUUGAAGAGAGAAUUUCAUCAGUUUCCUGAAUUAUCAUCUAUAAAAAAUGAUGUAACUCCAGAGGAUAUUGACAGAUUCAGUAGCCACCUCAACAAACUUAAAUUGGACAUGGAAAAACGAUUUGAAGAUAUUUUGAAAUUGAAGGUGUAUGACUGGAUGAAAAAUCCUUUUACCGCAAAUAUUGAAGAGGCUGAUACAAUUUGCCAAGAAGAACUGUUAGAAAUUAGAUAUGAUGAAGAAAGUAAACAUAAAUUCAAUAGUGGUGGAUAUGAAAACCUAUGGGAAAAUAAAAAAAAUGCCUGUCUUAUAUCCAAAUAUGUGGAAAAUGAUAGUCAGUUUAUUGAUACCUUUCCCUACCUCAUAUCUUGUGGAAUCAGGCUUUAG